AGAGCUGGCCCCUCUCGGCCAUCCUGUCCUGUCACCCAUCCCGGCCAAAUCUGAAAGGGAAAAUGAAAGAGGGACCAGGAGGAGCAGGUUCCAGCCAUCUCCCAGGAUCCCUCGCUCAAGUCUAGCACCUCAGCUCCGGCCACGGCGCCAUGGGGGAGUGGGCAUUCCUCGGCUCGCUGCUGGACGCGGUGCAGCUGCAGUCGCCGCUGGUGGGCCGCCUGUGGCUGGUGGUCAUGCUGAUCUUCCGCAUCCUGGUGCUGGCCACCGUGGGCGGCGCGGUGUUCGAGGACGAGCAGGAGGAGUUCGUGUGCAACACGCUGCAGCCGGGCUGUCGCCAGACCUGCUACGACCGCGCCUUCCCGGUCUCCCACUACCGCUUCUGGCUCUUCCACAUCCUGCUGCUCUCGGCGCCGCCGGUGCUCUUCGUCAUCUACUCCAUGCACCAGGCCAGCAAGGAGCCGGGAGGCGCGGCCGCCGAGAAGGGGGCGCCGUGCGCGCGGGGGCUCCCGGAGGGCCCGUGCCCGCCCUGCGCCCUGCGCGCCCGUCGCGCGCGCCGCUGCUACCUGCUCAGCGUGGCGCUGCGCCUGCUGGCCGAGCUGGCCUUCCUGGCCGGCCAGACGCUGCUCUACGGCUUCCGCGUGGCCCCGCACUUCGAGUGCAGCGGCCCGCCCUGCCCGCACACCGUGGACUGCUUCGUGAGCCGGCCCACCGAGAAGACCGUCUUCGUGGUCUUCUACUUCGCCGUGGGGCUGCUCUCGGCGCUGCUCAGCGUGGCCGAGCUGAGCCACCUGCUCUGGAAGGGCCGCCCGCGCCCAGCGGCCGAGCGCGACAACCGCUGCAACCGGGCGCACGAGGAGGCCCAGAAGCUGCUCCCGCCGCCGCCGCCGCCGCCGCCGCCAGCCCUGCCCUCCAGGCGGCCCGGACCCGACCCCUACGCCCCGCCCGCCUAUGCGCACCGGGCACCGGCCGGCGACAGCGAGGGUGGCAGCGGCCGCAGCAAGGUGUCACUGGCCACGGUCCGCCAGGACCUGGCCAUCUAGAGCUGCCUCGGACGGAGGGUGAGGUCAGAGCCCCAACCCCGCCACCGCGGCCCGCACCGCAGAAGCAAGCAGGCAGUGGCUUCUGCUGGAUUUGCUCCCAGGACGCGCUGCCUGGGCAGAAGGCACGCGCGGGGAGGACUCCGGGGCAGCCCUCGUUUGCACGUCCCUCGUGCGCCCAGCGUCGCUGGGGCACAGAAUGAACCGAGGCCGGUCGGGAUGCCACGUCCCGGGUGGGAAGGAAGGAGGCGGGCGGGGGAGGAGGUACAGGGCAGGAGGCUGACAGUGGUCGGGUGAGAGCGGAGGAGAAGUGCAGGUUCAGGUGGUGGCCUGGUUGUCUUACCAAGGACAGAAACAACUGCGACACCAGCAUCCCAACACACACCCUGUGUGGGCAUACAUGUGCCCUGUGUGAGCUCCGUGUGGGCAGCCCCCUCCCGACCUGCAGGGGCAUCCCAGGAAGGGACCGUCUCUGCCCACGAGGGGACCCACGCAGGGAGGGGGGCAGGGCAGGGGCCCACCACCCUGGUCUGUCUGCAGGGCGUGUGAGCGCCAUCCACACCUGCAGGUG